UCACAGCAGAUUGUGCGGGAGAAGAGACAAUGAGCUCAGCUAUGGAUGGUGGACGUCACAGUGUGGGUAGACCAUGGACUCCCUCUGACUCUGAGGAACCUCGUACUACGGGGGAUGGUGCCGGAAUUCAGGGGGAGAAGACAUUUUCCUGUCCUGAGUGCGGGGAUGGUUUUAGCUCUGAAAUAAGUCUUUCUGAACAUCAGAAGUCUCACACGGGCGGGAAGCUUUAUUCUUGUACAGAGUGCGGGAAAUUUUUUACGAUACCAGAACUCGUCAUACAUUACAGAUCUCACAGGGGGGUGCAGCCGUAUUCUUGCUCUGAGUGCGGGAAACGUUUUUCAGAAAAGGCUUAUCUUUCCAGACAUCAGGUAGUGCACUUAGGGGAGAAGCCGCAUUCCUGCCCAGAGUGUGGAAAAUGUUUUCCAAGGAAAUUAGCCCUUGUUAGACAUCAGAGAACUCACACAGGGGAAAAGCCAUAUGCCUGCCUCGAGUGUGGGAGAUGUUUUUCGCAGAAAGCAGACCUUGUUUCCCAUCAAAGAUUUCACACUGGGGAGAGGCCGCAUUCCUGCUCCGAGUGUGAAAAAUGUUAUUAUCGGAAAUCAGACCUUGUUAUACAUCAGAGAUCUCACACAGGGGAGAGGCCUUUUUUAUGUCCUGAGUGCGGUAAAUGUUUUUCGCAGAAAACGGUUCUGUACAAACAUCAAAGAACUCACACAGGGGAGAAGCCAUAUUCCUGCUCGGAGUGUGGGAAAUGUUUUUCACAGAAAUCAAAACUUGUUCUACAUCACAAAAUUCACACCAGGUAA